ACAAAAAGCUAUCAGUCUAGUUUAGUCGCUUGCUAUUGCUACUUGAGGAGGGACUUCAUAUACCUAUUUGCUUUAUCACUCUCACUCUGUUUGUUCAAAUAAACUUCUGUCAAUGUGCGAAUGCAUCGGCGGUGCAAGAAAUACUUACCCUGCCAGACCCGCCGAUUGUCGGGGAGAGUGUGUUUUGUCUUUUAAACUGAUUGAUAGUGAUAACUUAGUCUCUUCGCUGUCGGAAGCGUGUAAAACGACAAACGACGAAUAAACGGUUUUCGAAGUCGAAAUAAGGAAUUCGAGGCUAUACGAGUCUUCAUUAUGGUGCAAGACGAAAAUGAAAUGCCAGAACUUUUACAAAUUGUUGUUGAUGAACUUAACAAGUUUUCGUCAUUCAUAAUUUUCCUAGUUUUAUACUUUGCUUUUGUUGAUGAUAAUGGAGAUCCGACAAUAACAACAGUUUUGAAAUGUGCUCCGAUAAUAUCCCUUGGAGUCUAUGUUGUCUCGAAAGGUUUCAAAUGCACUAUAGAGUACAACUACUCGCAAAUGGUUCUGAGUGGGCUAUUUUUCUCAUGCAUCGGAGACAGCCUCCUUAAUUUGGACUAUUUUCCUCAUGGAAUGGCAGUUUUCGGCUUAGCUCAGGUAUUCUACAUAUCAGCCUUUGAAUUAAAUCCUUGGAAAGUUAGUAUUGGAAUACCAUUGUAUGUUAUCGCAGCUGGAAUGACAGUCUACAUCUUCAGUUCCCUCAGCUUCAUCAUCAAGAUUGGACUUCCAAUAUACGCAUUCCUAUUGACAACAAUGUGCUGGCGUGCAAUUGUAAGAGCCACGGAAAGAUCGAGUACACUUUCAACAGUUGCUGCAGUCGGAAGUGUAUUGUUUGUCAUCUCGGAUACAUUGAUUUCGGUGACCAUGUUCAUGCACCCCCUUCCUUAUGCGAGGGUUUUCGUCAUGCUAACUUAUUAUUCUGCCCAAUUUUGCAUUGCCCUUAGUACCCUAAGCGAUGUUUAUAAAUCUAAAAAAGCCAAAGGAUCAAAGAAACUAUCUCGAAAAUUUAGAGAUCAAGACUUAAAAUAAAGGAUCAUAAUAAAAUAGAUCUUCCCGUGAACCUUCAGAAACUUGAAAAAGCCAACUUAGGAACGGCAGGAAAAUUUUUCAAUAUUCUGCAUUUUGGCCAAAUAUAACCACAAAAACAACAACAAAAAAAGAAUUAAAAUCAUACCUACAGCAUUUAAAUCUCUGAAAGUAGAAAAUAAAUUUAAAAUUAAAAACGUGUUCUCAAUGUUCUUCCAUUAAAUACACAAAACAAUUAUAUACCACCAACAUACAUUAAAUAAUAUUAAAUAUAGUUAUAAACUUAGUAUUUUAAUAGCAGUAACUAGAUUUUAGAAUUUAAAAAUUAAUACAUAAAACACCAUUGUACAUUUUUUACAAAUUCAAAGUUUUAAAUAAUUUUGAUUUGAUUUUUCUCUUUUUUUUAAAGUACAUAAUUUAGAUAAUAGUAAAUGUUGUAAAAUAUAGUUAGGGACUCAAAUAUUAUUGAACAAUGAAAAAACAGAAAUUAAAAAUAAAAUAUUAUUUGUUUGGUGUAUAGCAUGUGAUAGUUAACUGUUAAUGAAUACGUACCUAUUAUUUAAAAAUAUAAAAUAACUUUUAAAAUUAAAAAUUGUUUUUCUUAAAAUUAUCAUAAUAAACAAAGUGAAUAUAUUAAGUUUAUCAAAUUUUAACGGAAUAAAAUAGGAAAUCUGAGAAAAUUAACGAAGAACUUUCCGCCGUUUU